AUGGGUAAACUGGUCUCAUUCAAGAGGCUGGGGCAUCUGGCCACAACAAUACUCAAUGCACUCAACGCUAUUGCAUUGUUCAUGGCGAUAUUCACACCAUGGUACUCUAUUGACAUCAAUGAAACAUCAAUAACAUUCGGUUGGUUCACUUAUCAAACACAGAAUGUAACACAUCAAGAUGGAGUUGCCAAUCACUUGUCUUAUGGCAACAUGCAUAUUAAGCAGACGUUCAGCGCAACAUUGGCAUUCCUCAUACUCAGUGUGUUGGUCAUAGUGGCCAACCUGGCAAUGUUGUUCAAGCUGCUACUGUGGCGCAGUCAGUACAGUAGGGUAAUGAUCAAGGUUGGUCGAUACCUGUUGGUGGCCGCCCUGGUCUUUGAGACACUGGCCACACUGUCAUUCUUCUCGCUCACGAUGAACAUGCGCAAAGACAACUUUGAGCACUGCUCCAAGGACUACUGCGACUCAUUCUUUGGUUCAGAAUGGGGCCCUAUGCGAGGCUUCUACUCAGCACUGUCGACCGUCGUGGUCGUGGGGCCUAUGCUCCUGAUCGUCAUGUACAAGUUCUCCAAGAGCUACCGGCAUCCCAAUGGUGCAAGUGGGCGAUCUAGCGGGCCAUCACUCGCUGCUGCUGGAGGCUUCCGAGAUGACGACGACACACGUUCACAGUAUCAAUUCCUUCUCGAUCAGAUUGAAUCUGAUGACUCUGAUGACUCUGCAGAGAGUUUCCAAAGUGAUGAUGAUUAUGAUGGUGGACGUGGACUUGGUGGUCGAGGUGGCAAGCGUGCCAUUGGCAACAAAGACGAAUCACAUCAACCUACAAUAUAUCCAACAAUCGAUUUCAAGUUGGACUUGAACAUUAUGAAUCACAUGACACCAAACAACAAACCCAAACAAGUAGCGCCAUCACCAACAACAACAUCAACUCCUAUAAUCAACAACCAACAUCCAGAUAUUGUACUACCAUCAAACAUAAUAGUUGAUCCAAACCAACUCUACACACUUCAACAUCAACCAACAACAAACAAUCAAAUUAUAUAUACAUUACAACUUGCCUCAACCUCCUCCUCCUCUUCCUCCUCUUUCUCAAUCAUAUAA